AUGCCUCACCUAGUCUCAGUCGCAGAAGACGACGAUGUCGAUACCCUUAACGGACGCAUCGCAUCGGUUAAGCUGGAUGAGAGAGAGGAGAAUCCAGGUCGCAUCAACCGGAUCAACCCUUUUGCGCCUUACCUAGAGAAUGGCUCAUUCCGUUUUGUGAACGAUUUGGCCCGAACGGUCAUUCCGAAACGCCUCAGCGGUUUGCAACAAACCCGUUGGCUCGAGAUCAAUGAAACUUGCCCGAUCUACGUCGCGGGACGGAAAUUCCAGAUAAAAUAUGGGAUCUCAGAGGCAAGUUUCCAGAACUGGAUAAAAUUGCUUUGUGGAUACCUGGACUUCCCGGUGAUUCUAUUACUCAACCCCAGCGGAUUUGACGUUUUAGAGUAUGAGGAAAUGGUUCAACAGUCCCCAACGCUGCUGUGGUUAAAGGAAAACCUCGAGAUAUUGAAUCUCGAAUUACGCGAUGUGAUUGUGUUGGACACGUUCCCAAUAGUUACGGACGGAUUAUUGGAGUCAAAGAAGUUCCCGGAGGAUUGGUCUGAACUGGUGGCAGACUCUUUCGAGCUCACGUUGACGUGCCUGCGAUACAUCCGGCCGCAAAUUCUGAUCUCCUGUCAGUGCUGCAGCAAAGCGAUUAACAAGAGAUGGGGAUCAUUCGGAGAUGUCCGAGCAACCGAGUUGUGUUCUUCGGAAGCCGGGGCGCGACAAGAACUGGUCAAGACAGUGGAUAUAUACGGGCAUCGAAUGCUUGUGGUUCAAGGGGUUCAUCCGCAGAAUGUGGUGCAGUACAACACAAAGAUGGAAGGGGUACUGAAGACGCUGCUCACGAAGGUGUUGGGACCGUUUGGGCAGUGGAAGGAGCGGCGGGUCACAGAACGGAGAGAAGCAGCCCAGAGGGAGGUGGUGUUGGCUCACGAUGGGAUUACAAAUGGGAUGACAGUUCUGUUGAAGCAGAUGGAUUUGUUUGAACAGAUCUGUAGGCAUAAGAAUGAAAUUGAAUUGACGGUAACGGUGGGAAGGGUGAAGGAGUGGCGGAAGCAAAUAGAAAACUGGGCCCGUGAGAUGAGUGGAAUAGAAAAGGUGUAA